AUGCGCGAGCAGCAGGCGGCCCAGCAGGCGGCCCAGCAGGCGCCUCCUCCCCGUCAGGUCAAGGAUAAGAACACGCCCGCGUGGUUGGAGGCGUGGCAGGAUCCGAUGGCCGGCGCGGACGCUUUCAGCUCAUGCAUCUGCACCGCGGAUCUCGCGGGAGACGGAGAGUUUAGGCUGGUGGUGGCGACCGCGAUGAAGAAGAUGAAGGUGUGGAACGGCACCAGCCUAACGUCCGAGCACGAUCUGCUCGAACCGCCCGUGGCCGUGUGCACCUUCUACCCCGCGGAGCCCAAGUCCCCCAAGCGACCGUCCCUGGCAAUCGCGGCGGGGACGCACGUGUACAUCUACCGCAACCUACGCCCCUACUACAAGUUCACGCUCCCGGCGCUGACCGUCGAUGAGCAGGAGAUCGAGGUGUGGAAGAUGGUGAGAGACGGACAGAUCGGCCCGAAGGAAGCGUUUGAUGAACUGGCCAACAUAAGGGACGCGGGCGUUUCCCUCACCUCCAGGUCCCUGGACCUGCUCGCGAUGGAGGAUGGCGCCGCAGGCGAGGUGGAGCAGUUGAGGGCCGCGUACUGCGCCGCGCAGGCCCCGGAGCAGCUGCAGCACUUCACGUCCAUCACGUGCAUGGGGAGCAUCAAGAAGAACAUGGACGAGUGGGACGCGACGUCGUGCCUCUUCGUCGGGACCGAGUCGGCGGAGCUCUACGUGCUCAACGCAAACGGCAGCGCGGUGAAGACGACGACGCGGCUCCCUUCGGUGCCGGUGUUCGUGGCGUCCACCGGUCUGCUGGACGUGGACUACAGGAUCGUGGUCGCGUGCAGGGACGGACGGGUGUACACAAUCAAGAACGACGAGCUGUCCACGGUGGUGAUCGAGCUAGAGACGCAGCCGUGCGGCUUGGUCAGGACCGCUAAGCAGAUCCACGUGGCGUGCAUGAACCAGGUGAUUCACUGCUACCACGCCAAGGGGAAGAAGGCGUACUCGCUUUACCUUCCCGCGGAGAUCACGUGCAUUGAGUCGAUGGAGGUGACGAGGACACGGGCGGUGCGUUGCCUCCUCGUGGCGCUGGCGAACAACGAGCUGAGGGUGUACAACGAGAAGCACAUGGUGAGCAAGUUUGACAUGAUGGAGCCGGUCAGGGGGCUGUCCUUCGGCAGGAUGGGACGGGAGGACAACACGCUGAUUCUGUGCACAAAAGGGGGAUGCCUGCAGGUGAAGAUCAUGCCGCGGCUCGCGAACCUGGAGGCGGUGUCGCAGAACGGUCCGCCCCCUGAGCAGGAUAUUCCCCUCGCCGUGCCCAAGAAGACGAAGCUGUACGUGGAGCAGACGCAGCGGGAGAGGGAGCAGGCGGUGGACAUGCACCAGGCGUUCCAGAAGGAUCUGCUAAAACUGAGGCUCAACACCGCGCGCGCGUACGUCAAGGUGAUGAAGGACGGUCAGUCACCGGUGAACGACUCGUUCGAGGGGGUCACGGUGCGCAUCCAGGCAUCCGUGCAGGGCCUCGGGCCGCUGUUCAAGAUUCGCGUGCACGUCGUCAACACCGGCACUAAGCCCGUGUACGACGUUCCAAUCUUGCUGGUUCCCAGCGACGUCGACAUGUACGAUCUGGAGGAGGUCAUCAUGCAGUGUCCCGCGCUUCUGCCGGGUCUGCCCUGGAUCGACGCGGUGAAGUGUAGGCAAAAGGACCCGGCGGCGGGUGCGGGCGAAAUUCGAGUCAUCGUCGCCACCAAGACGAGCCCGGUGCCUCUCAUCACCGCGCUGAUCAAGAUGCCCCUCUCGGAAUUCCUGGAUUAG